AUGAGUGCUUACAAUUUACAAUCAUUUCUUUCUCGUUUUCCAAUUAAUCAAUAUUUAGAUGCAAAUCCAAAAUUUCAACAUUGUUUUUUACUUGAUGGUAAAGCAAUUCUUCCAAUUGAUAACAACCAUCAAUUAUUUAUACCUUUAAAAAUAAUAAACACUACUGGAAAUAAAUAUUGUUCAUGUUGUCAAAAAAAAUGUCGGUCACAUUCAUGUGGUCAUUAUAUUCAGCAAUCACUUAAUGAAAAUAUAAAAACAACUCAAAUCACUGAGAGAUUCAAAGGUACUCGGUUAAAUAUUGACUAA